AUGGGAAGCAUAUCAAUCCGCAAACACAUCCGAUGGGGCGCGGAGCCUCCCUCUGAACCCACGUCCACCCUGGUUCUCACCUCCCCGGGUCGCCGCUUUGUCGACAUCAGGGUCCUCACAGUGGCGUCUCACACAGAGCCAGGCUACGAGAGCUUUGGCUCUCUCACCAGAGACAGGCUGGACUGGGCAUUUGCCGGCACUUCGUCCUCCGAUAAGGUUUCCCGCGCCGACGGCAGCGAAACCACGCACUCUGUCUUCAACCACUGGAUAGAUAGCCGCACCACCGAGCCACAGCUUGUCCGCGAUGAAGGCGACAUGGUCCCUUGCCCAGGUGGCUUGGCCCUUGAGGUUGGAACCAUGGUCAAUCCGGCCACCGGCCGCAUGACAGCGUACGAGGAGCUCUGGCUUGACAAAGUACCAGCCCCUCGCAGCGCCCAGAACCCCAAAUGUGUCGUUUUCCAGCUACUGGACGAGCCUGGUGCGAAACGCGGGCAGUUCGUCUGUUUGGGUCACUACGCCCAGGGCGUAUUACGAGUUGGAGACACCUUCACCGCUGAAAGAUGGGUGUGGAGCGAGAGUCAUUCCAGAUGGGAGCAGACUCUCAAGGCUGGUGACAAUCAUGACCACCUUGGCUUUCUGAUCGAUGGGCGCCGGGGGCCCGACAAGGUAGGCGAACAGGUGGAAGGUCCUAUGGGGACCUGGACGGUCAUCGAGUAUUGCACCUAG